GGUCCGGGUGGGGGGAGGAAGGGAGUUGGGCUCUCCUGCUGCUCUGUGCCGUUCAGCAGGGUGAGGGAUGCUGCUCCAAGCGAGGCAGAUGUAGGGAGGCACAGAGGUUGCACAGAGGGCUUUGAGGUCUCCAUCCUUGGUGGUUUUCAAGACCAGCCUGGUUAAAACUCUUAGUAUCCUACACUCAACUCUCCUGUCCCUUCCAGCCUGGAUGUUUGUCCUGUGCUAUGGCCCAGUGCCAGGCAGAAUCUGGCAGUCAAGGACUGGAAUGAUUUUUCUGAUCUUUGGAAACAUCUUCAGUCAUCUCUCAGGAACAAAGGCAAAGCAGAAAAUGGCUGAGCAGCCAAAACUACUUCGUAGACCUCUGCCUCCCAGGCUGCCAUCUAAACUGCCUACAUCAAGGGAGAAGGUUGGUAAAGCAGGCAGGGGUUUUGGACAAUACCAAGCUAGAGUGACGAAGAGUACGAAUGAUAAAAAUGGAAAAGUUGUGUCUGACAGUUAUGCCAGUACUCAAGGGCAAGUCAAGCAGACAGAUGUUUCCUUCAGCCAUGGUCACGUUUCCCAGAAUCUGGUGAAAGCCCAGCCCGAAGAUACAUUCCUGUCUGUACAUCAGAUUUGCCAAAAUCAAGCACAAAUCCAACUCAAAGAUCUUCUUCAGUCUCAAUACCUGUCCAGCAGUAUCCAACCCCAGUCUGACCACAUUUCCUCUUGUUCAGUACAUUUCCAAUGCCAACAUGUACGUCAGCUUAAUCAAGACAGUAAAUAUAGGCAAACACAGAUCCAGUCCAAAAGGACAGGUUUUCAUGACCAAAGGAGAGGUUUAAUUCUGUCUGAAACAAGUUUCCCCGCAGAAGAUGUGAAGCAGAAGGGUGAUCUAGUUUUUAAGAAUAGUAAGUCUGCACAUUGGUCUUUACGAGGCAAUACUGCAAGCCUGGUUGGUCAAUAUGAAGUUAUUCCUAUCUGCUCAAGCAGACCAAUGCCAAACCAAAGCAAAGAAAAAAAUGUGUUUUCUGCCCAAAUUCCUAGGAGAGAUUUUAUUCUUACUAAAAGCCCCAGUGGGUCUGAUUACUCCUCAUUUUGCAAAAAUCAUAAAUUCUCUCAUGUGAAGCAUCAAAAAUUACAGAGCACUGGCCCUGCCCAUUCCACUCCUCCUGUAUUUACACUGGAAAGUUCAGCUGCAGGUUCUUCUCACCAUCUGCCUUUGAAGACAACCCUCAAAAAGCCAUUUGUUUCCCGCUACAACUAUGAAGUCCUCAGUAACCGGUUAAUGACUGAAAACAGGAGCUUGCAGACUGAAGUUAACACAGUGAUUUUGUCUGACAUCGCUCUACCUGCAGAUGAAACAAGAAAGCCUGAGCAGCAGAAGUUCCUAGGUAAUUAA